GUAAAGAGACCCGAUGGAGGGGUGGCGAAAGGGGGAGAGGGCCGGGCACGGCCCCUAGACGAAGGGCGGCGCGGAGGUCCGGGCUGGCUCUCCGCACGUCGGAUGCAGUCCUAGUCCCACAAGCCCUGGAUACGCGAGGUCGCAGUUGCCAUCAUGCUUAAAGCUGUGAUCCUGAUUGGAGGCCCUCAAAAGGGGACUCGCUUCAGGCCUUUGUCUUUUGAGGUGCCCAAACCCCUGUUUCCAGUGGCAGGGGUCCCUAUGAUCCAGCACCACAUUGAGGCCUGUGCCCAGGUCCCUGGGAUGCAGGAGAUUCUGCUCAUUGGCUUCUACCAACCUGACGAGCCACUUACCCGGUUCCUAGAAGCUGCACAACAAGAGUUUAACCUUCCAGUCAGGUACCUGCAGGAAUUUGCGCCUCUGGGCACAGGAGGUGGUCUCUACCACUUCCGGGAUCAGAUCCUGGCUGGGGACCCUGAGGCCUUCUUCGUGCUCAAUGCUGAUGUUUGCUCCGACUUCCCCUUGAGCGCGAUGUUGGCUGCCCACAGACACCAGCCUCACCCUUUCUUGCUCCUGGGCACCACGGCUAACAGGACACAGUCCCUCAACUAUGGCUGCAUCGUAGAGAAUCCACAGACGCAUGAGGUUCUGCACUAUGUGGAGAAACCCAGCACGUUUGUUAGUGACAUCAUCAACUGCGGCAUCUACCUCUUUUCCCCGGAAGCCCUGAAGCCCCUUCGGGAUGUCUUCCAGCGUAAUCAGCAGAAUGGGCGACUCUGCCUUCCUCUGGGGGAGGACUCUUCAGGCCUGUGGCGGGGGGCAGGCACCAUCCGCCUGGAGCAGGACGUGUUCUCAGCCCUGGCUGGGCAGGCUGUGGGUGCGGAGCUUAGUUGCCAGAUGAGCUGGUAA